CAACUCCAUCUUUUACCCAAAUUCAGUUUAUAUAUGCAUCGUAUAGAACAAAUGUUUGUACAUCUUUUGGUGCAAGAAUCAGCCAUCUCCAACAAAUAUUAUGGUAAAUACUUGGGCCAAGGAGUUGACUGCAUCAAUACUUAGGUGCAAGAAUCGGCCAACUCCAGGAGAUGACCGUUUCUUGCCACCAAUGGUAACAUCGGCAACAUCGGAAAAUCAGGCCACGUGCGAUGGCAAGCCGGUAGCAUUUCAGUUGGUUUUCAACAUUGCAUUGUGUCUCGUGAACGAAUAA